UUGACUUGUCAGGGGGAAAAGUUUUAAGGAAAAAAAAAAAAAACUAAAUCACGGAAGAGAUUCUGCUGUCCUACUAGUUUGGCAAGUUCCCUAGGCUCAAAGCAGCGUAGAAAGGCGGAGAAGAGGGCAGAAACUUACAUUUGCGCACAUUUAUACACUUCCCUUGUCCCGCAGACGUUAUACGAGAGGAAUCAUGGAGAAUGCUAUUAAGGACCUCGUGAAGGUCUUCCUGAAGUCAACCAAGGGAAAGGAGAGUCUAGGAAAGAAUCAGUUCCAGAACCUCGUCAAGAACCAGCUCUCCAACGUCCUUUCGGAUACAGAAAGCAAGGAGGCGGUCAACAACAUGGCCCAGGGAUUGGAUGCCAACCAAGACGGCAAGGUUGGUUUUGAGGAGUACAUGAAGCUGGUCGGCUACCUGGCUGUCUCGCUCAGUGAACAACGUGCAGCUGCCAAAGAGGAGCCUGCUCAAAAUAAUGCUUCCGAACAAGUGGCACAAAGUACCCCCGCCAAAGUGGAGGAGAAACCAGAGGCAAACGCAGAGGUAAAGGAGGAAGCCAAGCCAGAAGCGAAUGAAGAGGCAAAGGUAGAAGCAGUUGCUGACGCAAAGGUAGAAGAAAAUCUAGUUGGGAAUGCAGAAGCUAAGGUAGAAGUAAAGUCAGAGGAGGAGGCGCAUCCUGAGGCAGCGAAGGAGGAGGAGAAACCAGCCGCAGCAGUUGUGGCAGCAGCAUUAGAGGAGGCAACACCAACGGUGGAUGUGUUUGUGAAAGAAGAGGAGAUCAAGGUGGAAACAGAAAAGGUGGAGGAAGCCGUCGAGAAGCUGGCUGAAGCUGUGGAGGAAGAAGUGGAGAAGAAGAUUGAGGAGGCGACCUCAUAGGGGACAAUCCAUUCCUUCACAAAAAGAAAUCACACUACAUUCUUACAAUCAACACUACACUAAUCACAGCAUUAUUUCCAAAAUAUGCCACUAAAGAGUUAUUUUGUUCAAAUACAGACAACUUUGUAAUACAAAAUAUUGGUAAAAGUUCACAACCCUACCAACCUAGUUGAAGAAACCCCAUUCCUCAUUUAUGAUAAAUAUGUAGGCUACAUGACAUUGCUUUGUACUAUUUUUUACCACUAUGUCUAUAUGUACAGCAUGUGCAUCCCACUAAAGCACAUUUACCUCAUUAUGAUCAUAUACUAUGAUAGCAUGCAGAAGUACUCUAUCAUAUGCAUGCCAUAUCCCUGUGAAAAGUUUACUGCAAAAUAAGAUUGACCCUCAGCAGCAUACUGACACACAAAGUGCCACUGUAGUCAAGAUGUCAAGUUUAAAUACAGUCCUUUCCCCACUAAUAUCUUUAACUUGGACUUUUUCAAAACCUCUCUACACUGCUAACAAAGCCUUGGUCCUUGGUAAAACAAGCUACAGCCAUUAGCCGGUUAGCUAAUUUUAGCACAAAGACUGGAAACGCGGCAAGCACCUCCAAAGCUAACAAAAUGACAUGUUAUCUCUGAUCAGUUUAGAAUGUGACUCUUGUACGGUACAACAUUUUAUUAAGCGAGCUUCCGAAGUGCUGACUUUUUGUUACAAACGGAGCCAAGCUAGAUGACUCUUUCCAGCCAUAAUGCUAGGCUAAGCUGGAUGUAGCUUCAGCUUUACCAUACAGAUUAAAGUGAGGUGGUAUCAAUAUUCUCAGCUAACUCUCGGCAUGAACGCUAAUAAUUUCCCAUAACAUCAAAUAAUUAUUUUAAUUGUUGCAUGGAAAUCUGUCAAUAACACAAUUUUUACAUUCUCAUCUUUUAACUCGCAAUGCUAUGUAGCUGAUUUGGCAUGACAAUAAACUAAUUGUUUUGCUGAAGAUUUGCAUUAAUUCAACCCAUCUUUAUUGUGUACUCAACCCUCAUCUCUCUCUAUCUCAGUCUAGUCUACUUUAUGGGCUAUCUGUCGCUUCCUUUUGUUUUCUGUAACUCCCAUAAAAGUUCACCCCAAGUGGAUCCUACAGUAUAUUCCAAUAACCCCAAAUCAGCUAUGGAUUACGGAAUGUAAGAUCAAGUUUGGUCCUAAAUAAUUGAGUCUCAAGAAAGAAAUCCACACCAAAGGACCCUUACGGUCAAAUGGGAGCCCCAAAUGAGUCCCAUGGGAGUAGGUUGUUGACUAGAGCAACCUAAUCCACCUGGAUUCAAACUGGUAGACAAGAGCAAGAUAACAAACACCUACAAGUAAGGAAACCCAUAACAGGUGUCACUUUGUGUCAGUUUUUAUCUCAAGUACUUGUCAACACAAUUACUGCAUUUUUAUUUGUUAUGUCAAUGGUAUUUGAAUGGUAAUUGAUCCAUAAAUGUGCCGGUGCAUUAUCUGGAGGGACCCUGGUAGCACUCGAUUGGAGUUACAGAAACCUGGCUCUCUUUGAAUAUGCUAAUAGUUGUUUGCUGUUUUCUGCUUGUAUUAGCACAAGUUUAACAGGCAUGCCUGUUUGUCGGUCACACCCUCAAACAGAUUAAGGACCCUGUUUGACCUGCAACUGGAUCCUUGACUCACAGGCAUUGGGAAACCACUGGAUUAGGCAUUUGAAGUGUAGAACACCCUGGGACAGAAAUAAUGACAUGAAAGUAAUCCCGGGCUUCAGUGAUCCUGCCUAUCAGACGAGGUUGUGUCAGAGGGAUCAUUUUCCGAGGUGCUUUUUUAAAACCAAAUAAUAAUACUGAGCCAUCAAUAUAGAUCUAUGUGGUGUGCUCUUUUACAACAGCCUAUACAUAAGAUGUUGCAUGACAUUGUAUUGCAAUUAUUGUUUCCAAAUAUUUAAGUUCAACAUGGCCUCUUUAUAUUUAACUUUUUAACCUUACUCUUUCUUGUUUGGACCACUAUGGAGAUCACUUGAAAGCAUACUUCUUUGUAACCUUAUAUGCAAUUUGUUAAUUACAAUCUAACGAUUUGUAAAUUGUCUAAUCAUAAAUAAUGCAGCCAUGAGAAAAAGGCUUGUGUUGCAGGUCCACUAUGAUAUGUCUACCUGGCCUGCUGCGUAGUGCUCAAGGCACACACAUUUUGGGUACACUACCAAAUGUGCACCUUUUGCACUGUAACUGCACCUGGCACUUCAAACUGCUCAGCAGCUAAAUGGGCAAGACAAAUAAACCUGAGUCAUGUGGUCACCCUGCCUCACUGCGACACUCCCAUUGUAAAUACUCUCUCAUUCACACUCUGCUCAGCCUUUAUGCUCGUAAUAUGCUGUGUUUCCUGCAUGAUCUUUUACUAACAAACUUAAUGGAAAUGUUUUGGCUAUUGAGGCGUCAUUAUUCAUUGUUUUAUUACAAUCUAUAUUUGUUUAUAUCAAAACAUUUGUAAUCAUGGUACUUUCUGUGAAGAACAGAAACAUAUCACUCUCUUGCACCAUCUACGGCUAGAUUACAGCAUACUGGCAAGCUUCAAACCUUUUUUGCUAUUCCCCCAUAGGCCAAGCUUGUUUUUGCAUUUUUAUGUUGCAAUAGAUACUUAGGUUUAGUGUAAACAGGCCUAAUCAUCUGGAACUUAUUCUAUUGUAGCUAAUGCUUUCUUUUAACCAUUUGGGAACAGCAGAUUAGCGGAGUGCACUGUGAGUUUUCUUUCAAAGAUUCUGAACUGUCUGAACUGGAUGUUUUUUCUCCGUCCCAUAGUGUGAACCCCACCCAACUUUAACUCCAUGUAGAUUUAAAACAUGCUGAAACCAAACACAGCAGAUUUGCAGCAGGGAGUGUUUGCCGCCAGAUUAUUCAUUGACGCACAAUAGCUCUCAUUCAUUCUUUGACACAGUAGAUGGGCAUACAAGCCUUAAGAAUUCUCCCAGCAGAUAUAAUAAGUGUACAUACAAGUAAACGGAUGUGCUUUGGGUCAAAUAUGAUUGUGAUUAUGGGACCAUUCCCAGGAUGUGCAGGGUUUCAUCAUUGUGUGUUGAUGUACUCUUAUUUCUUGCUAGAGGGUGUAUGUGUUUAGCAGUUGGACUAAUUUAAAUCCACUGACAUGUCCAGUAAACUCCAAUAAUGCUAGUAUGCUAUGCUGUAUCAUUUUUGCUAAUUCUAUGUAACAUGUUUAAUGGCUAAUAUUGAAUAAAACUGUGACAAUAAUAAUUAA